AUGACCGAGACGCGUCGUAUACAGCUCCAUUUGGGCAAAUGUAUAGAAGAUUUGGAUAAAUUGUACAAUGUACCCGACUUAAAAUCGAAGAGAGCAACCUUGUUAUGCAAGACAGCUCAAAAACUCUUUGAAAGUGCUGAAGAAGCUCGUGCAAAAGGUGAUGAGGAGUACUCGUAUGUGUACUAUAUGAAAUACCUUCGGGUAAUUGCAUUUAUCAGUAAAGACAAAGAAUAUCUGAAGGAUAAAAAUUACUUUAAUAAUAUGCUUGGGCCUAAGAAUCCAAACAAAGCUCUUGAUGCGGCUGAGAAAUUGAAAAUAAGUCUGAUAGAAAGAUAUGCUAAAGAGCAGAAAGCCAAACGACUGAUGGAUAUACAAGAAAAUGAGUUAAUCAAACAGAAAAUAGAUGAAAACCGUAAAAAGGCUAUGGACACUAUUGCUGCUGAACCACCACCUCCAACUGGUCUACCAGGUCCUGAUGAAGUUACAAUCAAAAGUGAUCAACUGUAUACUAUAUUAAAAAAUGGCAAACUUAAAGUAAUGAUAUUAGAUGCUCGACCUGGUAAAGAUUAUAUUAACUCACACAUUAACCAUCCUGCUUGCAUCAGUGUGCCAGAAGAAUGUAUAUCACCUGGGCAAUCAGCAAAUGUUUUGGAACAGAAUCUACCAUCUGCAUCUCGUCCUGUUUGGGCAGAGCGGGCCAGCUCUGAGCUGAUAGUGAUGCUGGACUGGAGUAGCACUACAGUCAUUCCAGGGAAACCGCUGCACCUACUCAAGACAAUAUUACUGAAGUGGGACAUAAAAGUACAAUACUCUCGUCAACCAGUUGCACUAUGGGGUGGUUAUGAAGACUGGCUACUGAAGUAUCCGGCCUUCACCACUAAUCCACAGGCUAUACCACCCUCACAGGAUAUCAUGUUGGAUGACAUGCUUGGUGAAAUAGACUAUCCGAAUUGGUCAGAUCUGAACCCGACACCUGCUGAUAGCCGCCCCAAAUCAUCUGAACCAGUCAUAGAUCGAGCUAGCAAGUCAGCUGCAGUAGAACUAUAUGCAGAACGCUCUCGUAACAUGCAACAUAUAUUGGAACAGCAGGAACUUAUCGCCGAUACUUCGCUUACUCUUGAGAUGCAAAGGAUUGAGGCUGAACAGGACUGGGAAAAAAUACGUCAACAAGGGGAAACAGAACACCGGGAUGAGUUGCGAGCCAUGUACCAGCUUCGGGAACAAGAAAUUAUUUCACAGCUUAUGCAGCUCGAGAACAAGCAGUUUGAUAUGGAACAAGAGAACCAAUCUCUGCGUGAGAAGCUGGAAGAUUAUCAGAGAAGGGAAAGAGAAGAGGCAGCCAAACUCGCUGAGAGCAUCGCCCGGUCACAGCUAACGCCGUCUGCUGAUAAUGAAGCUGUAGCAACAGCCCGUGAGCGGGAAGCUGCGGCUCGCGAUGUGGAAGCAAAGCGUGCUCGUAUCGCGGCUGUCACCGCACAGAGGGUGUCACUUGACAGGCAAAGGGAGGCGCUUGAAACUGAGCGGAAGCGGAAACUGGCUGAGGCUAGGGAGAAACAGAAACCGAAUUAUAAGGAAGAAGAUGCAGACUCAUACGGCUCCAGUACUGAGAGUGCAAGUGCAGCACUUAAUCGAUCGCAAUCUUCGCCAAACAUCGCAAAAGUAUCAUCUGAUGAAGAGGAACCAGUGGUGCCAAGCUUCGACCGCAGUACAAAGCCAGCCAAAGUGGCGCCAUCUAGUGAACUACGACAAAGGGACUUUCAACCUGUUUGGGCAGAUGUCGGUCGAGGUCUGACUGGCCUGAAAAACCUGGGUAAUACCUGUUAUAUGAAUUCCAUUAUUCAAUGCCUCAACAAUACCGCCAUUUUGGUCACCUACUUCUGCAAUGGACAGUACCUAGAACACGUUAAUAGAUCACACAGCACUCGCGGUGCGAUAGCGGAAGAAUUGGCUGCGGUUGUGCGAGGGUUAUGGUCCGGACAGUAUAGGUUUAUCGCUACUAAAGAUCUAAGGAACGAAGUAGGGAAACACCAGCGUACAUUUCGUGGCAGCGAACAACAGGACUCGCACGAGUUUCUCACCAUCCUCAUGGACUGGUUACAUUUAGAUCUUCAGUUCUCAAUUAAACCACCACUAAAGGAGAACUUAGGCGCAUCAGAACGCGCCUGGCACGAAUACACGAAAUCCAAGGAAAGUCUGGUGCUACGACUAUUCUAUGGGCAGAUUAAAUCAACAGUGCGCUGCUGCGUAUGCGCAACGCAUAGUGCUACGUAUGACUCAUUCUCCAAUCUGUCACUGGAAUUACCGCCGCAUGCUUCACGAUGUACGCUUAGUGAUUGCCUAAAACUCUACUUAAACGGCGAAACGAUACCCGGUUGGAAUUGUCCGAAUUGUAAGGAAAAACGGGACGCUGUCAAAAAACUAGAUAUAUCCCGGUUGCCCCCGGUCUUAGUCAUACAUUUCAAGAGGUUCUACCUUGACCCCAAGGAGUAUUGCAACGCGUUUAGGAAGAGACAGACAUACAUAGAUUUUCCACUUGAAAACUUGGAUAUGCGGCAAUUUUCUUUGAAUUGCCCUGGCAACCCCGUUUAUAAUUUAUACGCUGUGUCCAAUCAUUAUGGCUCUAUGGAAGGUGGACACUAUACCGCGUAUUGCAAAAGCAGUGUUUAUGGAAAAUGGUACAAAUACGACGAUCACCUAGUGACUGAGAUUUCCCCAAGUGAAGUCAAGUCUAGCGCCGCCUACAUUCUCUUCUAUACGUCUUGCGAACGAUAG